AUGGCAGGAAGGAGGUAGACAGGGCUACCGUUACACAUAGACAUUAACUGUGUCCUCGAAUGGCGCCCUAUUCCUCUUUCUCCUACUUUUAACCCAGCCUCUCAUUUGAUUGACUUUGACGGAUGGAAAGAAGCAGUUUAAUCACAACUUCAAUCCCGCUUUACUUCUGCAUGCUCUGGAAAUAACUCACUCUCUCUCUCUCUCUCCUCUCGUCUCUCUCUCUCUCCUCUCUCUCUCUUCCGCCCCUCUCCUCCUUCUCUCUAGUCUCUCUCUCUCUCUCCUCUCUCUCUCUCGAUCUCUCUCUCCUCUCGUCUCUCUCUCUCUCUCUCUCUCCUCUCUCUCUCUCUCUCUCUCUCUCUCUCUACUGUCCUACUCAAGUGGAAACUAGUGGAAGGUUCAGGUAAUGGUGUAAUGGUGUCUGUCUAUUUAAUCCUAGAUUUAACUUUGUAUACAGUGGAUAGAAAGCAAAUGAACUUGGUGACCCACACACACACACACACACAGACUGAGACUUUGGCAUACAAGGACUUAGUUAUUUCACCCCUAACACAUAUCGGUGUGGUCAGCUGGGAGCUGGGCUGAGGAAUAUUCUGAGGCUACUGCAUUAAAGUGACACUGACACAUUUAUACAUAAAAUCAGUCCAGAAUAUACAAUUACAACCUACUAUGUGUUCCGCCCUGUGAUAGACUAGUGUCCUGUCCAGGGGGUGUCCUGUACACCAAGCUGCCUCACUACAGAAACAGGAGAUAGACUAGUGUCCUGUCCAGGGGGUGUACUGUACAUCAAGCUGUCUCACUACAGAAACAGGAGAUAGACUAGUGUCCUGUCCAGGGGGUGUACUGUACAUCAAGCUGUCUCACUACAGAAACAGGAGAUAGACUAGUGUCCUGUCCAGGGGGUGUCCUGGUACAUCAAGCUGCCUCACUACAGAAACAGGAGAUAGACUAGUGUCCUGUCCAGGGGGUGUCCUGUACAUCAAGCUGCCUCACUACAGAAACAGGAGAUAGACUAGUGUCCUGUCCAGGGGGUGUCCUGUACAUCAAGCUGCCUCACUACAGAAACAGGAGAUAGAUUAGUGUCCUGUCCAGGGGGUGUACUGUACAUCAAGAUGUCUCACUACAGAAACAGGAGAUAGACUAGUGUCCUGUCCAGGGGGUGUACUGUACAUCAAGCUGUCUCACUACAGAAACAGGAGAUAGACUAGUGUCCUGUCCAGGGGGUGUACUGUACAUCAAGCUGUCUCACUACAGAAACAGGAGAUAGACUAGUGUCCUGUCCAGGGGGUGUCCUGGUACAUCAAGCUGUCUCACUACAGAAACAGGAGAUAGACUAGUGUCCUGUCCAAGGGGUGUACUGUACAUCAAGCUGUCUCACUACAGAAACAGGAGAUAGACUAGUGUCCUGUCCAGGGGGUGUACUGUACAUCAAGCUGUCUCACUACAGAAACAGGAGAUAGACUAGUGUCCUGUCCAAGGGGUGUCCUGGUACAUCAAGCUGCCUCACUACAGAAACAGGAGAUAGACUAGUGUCCUGUCCAGGGGGUGUACUGGUACAUCAAGCUGUCUCACUACAGAAACAGGAGAUAGACUAGUGUCCUGUCCAGGGGGUGUCCUGUACAUCAAGCUGCCUCACUACAGAAACAGGAGAUAGACUAGUGUCCUGUCCAGGGGGUGUCCUGGUACAUCAAGCUGCCUCACUACAGAAACAGGAGAUAGGCUCCUGCCCUAUGGGCCAUUCUGGACUGGACAGGAGUACUUACUUUUUUCCUUGAGUUCCAUUAACAGAUGGUGUGUGUGCUGUGUGUUAUAGGAGCUGGCUUUGAGGACCCAACUACCUGUCAGCAUGGAGCAGGACGGGGGAACCGUCAACCCUGUGUCGUCCCCUGGGAUGGGCCAGGAUGCCAGAACCAUGACAACCAACAGUUCUGACCCAUUCCUCAACAGGUACGCCUUAUUCAGUUGUUUUGACAGCUUAUAGCAGCAGGUCUUAAAGUUUAUCACAAAGGAAUUAUACAUGUAAUUAUAUGGUGCGUUGCAUCUUUCCUCAACAGGUGUGUCUAUCUGUUUAUCUAAAGUCAGUGAGGGGCCCGUUUCCCAGACACAGAUUUAGCCUGGCCCACUAGAAACACCUUAUCUUUGUGUUAGCUACAUCUGUGUCCGGAAAAACCGUCUCAGGGUGUUCUCGAUAGGCUAAAACACAGAUCCAAAAAGAACAUGACUCAUGAUUUGUGUCAUAGUGUUUGAAGUAUUAGUAAGUUGCAGUGGGAUGACGUCAGCCCUAUUUGAAGUUCAGAGCAUGAUUACUGUAACCUAAUGUGACCUGAGCAGGCAGGAAAAACUCUGGGCUGUAGAGUCUCUGCCUCUCUUUCACUAGUAACUGUUUGUUUCCUCUCGAGAGUGUGUCUAUAAUGUGUGUUCCUGUCAGAACUCUCAGUGUGUGUGUGUGUGUGUGUGCAUUGUGUGUAUCCUAUCAUAACUGUGUGUGUGUGCAUAGUGCUGUGGUGGGGGGGGGGGGGGAGUUUGAGCCCCUGUGUGAGCCAUCUCUCAUCUUAACCCUGUUCACAUGGAAGUGACUCAUUCAGACCGGGGGGGGGGGGGGGGGGGGGGGGGGGGGGGGGGGGCUGUGAUGAGAGAGCGAGUCUGCACAAUACUGACAUCUGGUGGGCAGGAUGGGUUACUGCACGACACUGAGUUUCUAAACCCAGAGGCUCAAUCAACAUUGGUGAGACUUCUUGUUGGGCAUUUAGCUAGCCAAGGUCGCCAUGACGUUGCAUGAAGGUGUAAUCUGGGAUUUCAAUUGGAGGAGCAGUUUCUAGAUAUCUUCAUAUUAAACCAUUCUUUUCCAAUAUGGUUACACACACACACACACACACUCAUUGAAUUUCCUAUGCAGCUGAACAUUUUGUCAAAUUAUAUAAAUGUUUUUUUUAAUGAAACAUUUGCAGAUUGUAUUGGUUUUAAAAAGUGUCUUAAAUGGUUCAACUAACAAGGCAUUUGAAUGGUUAAGGAGUUUCAGCCACAACUUCCAGUGUUAUUGUCAACACAUUUUUUGGUAUUAUGUCUGAGCUGGAUGCAUUGAAAAUGAGUGUAUGCAUUUACAGUAAAAUUGUUAAUUGCUCGGACGCUUACAGGAAAUAACACAAAGACAUUUUACAUUUACGUCAUUUAUCAGACGCUCUUAUCCAGAGCGACUUACAGUUAGUGAGUGCAUACAUUUUCAUACUUUUUUCAUACUGGCCCCCGGUGGGAAACGAACCCACAACCCUGGCGUUGCAAGCGCCAUGCUCUACCAACUGAGCUACACGGGGCCCGUGUACAUAGACCUAUAGGAAUGGAGACUGUUACAGGCUUUGGUUUUUCCAUUUAUAUUUUGAGGUUGGAGGUUAGCACGUAGUCAGUAUGUGUUACACCUGUGCUGGCCCAGGUGAUAUUUAAGAGUGGCUGGCCCAGGUGAUAUUUAAGAGUGGCUGGCCCAGGUGAUAUUUAAGAGUGGCUGGCCCAGGUGAUAUUUAAGAGUGGCUGGCCCAGGUGAUAUUUAAGAGUGGCUGGCCCAGGUGAUAUUUAAGAGUGGCUGGCCCAGGUGAUAUUUAAGAGUGGCUGGCCCAGUGCUCCGGUUGUCUUGAUAGAUGUGGAGCGUUAACACCUUUAGUUGUCUCUCCCUAUUUGACUUCUAGAAAAACAUUUAUUUAUCUGAUCUUCCCUGUUUUCAUUUUGCUCCACUUUGUGGUUUGCUUCCUGUCUUUCAGUUUGUGGGUUUUUCUUGUCUUUGCCUCUUCUUGGGCAGAUUUAGUGGGUCUCAUGGUGGUCGUCUUUUAGGUCCCAGGUGUUGCUAGUCAACUUCCAGUGGACCCCCCCCAUGAGUGUCUUUCAGAACCCCUCCUAAAACCCCACCUGUUUAGUUUUGGUUGUUGGUCAGUGACUCUUUGUUAGUUCCCCCUUCUGUUUGAGCGACGUUAUUUGGUUUUCUCGCUGGGAAUGAGUGUGGUAGUCGCCCUAACCAUCUACUCUGAAGCUCUGCUGUUUCUGUCACUGACGUCCACCCUGAGGGUUUAUGAGAUUUGUAAGUUGCAUAAACACAUCUGAUCCACGUCUCUGCGAGAGGAUUUCCUCUUCCACCAAAACAGGACCGAUCAACUCUUUGACUACUGCUUUUGGAUUGCCAUAUGCCCUUACUGACUAACAAGGUGAAACCAACCGGUGCGCCCCACGUGCUAACAUCCAACCUGGAAAGACCAAAGCCUGUAACAUGACACAUGGAGGUCAGCUGUUUAGCCCUAUAGCCUCUGUUCCAGCCAAUGAGAGCCAGGCUGAAUAGACAGCCAGCCAAUGAGGGCCAGGGUGAAUAGACAGCCAGCCAAUGAGGGCCAUGGUGAAUAGACAGCCAGCCAAUGAGAGCCAGGGUGAAUAGACAGCCAGCCAAUGAGGGCCAUGGUGAAUAGACAGCCAGCCAAUGAGAGCCAGGCUGAAUAGACAGCCAGCCAAUGAGGGCCAGGCUGAAUAGACAGCCAGCCAAUGAAGGUCAGGCUGAAUAGCAAACAGCCAAUGAGGGCCAGGCUGAAUAGCAAGCAGCCAAUGAGGGCCAGGCUGAAUAGCAAGCAGCCAAUGAGGGCCAGGCUGAAUAGCAAGCAGCCAAUGAGGGCCAGGCUGAAUAGCAAGCAGCCAAUGAGGGCCAGGCUGAAUAGCAAGCAGCCUGUGAGAACAUGUGAUCCAGUCAGCAGACAGGCCAGACUCUUCUCUCUCUACUGCCCUCCCCUCCCCCUCCCCUCCCCCUCUCCUUCCCCUCUUCUCUCUCUCUCCCUACCUCCCCUCCCCCUCCCCCUCCCCCUCCCCUCCCUCUCCUUCCCCUCUUCUCUCUCUACUUGCCCUCCCCUCCCCCUCCUCCUUCCCCUCUCUUCUCUCUCUACUCUGCCCUCCCCUCCCCUCCCCUCCCCCUCUCCUUCCCCUCUUCUCUCUCUACUGCCCUCCCCUCCCCCUCCCCCUCCCCCCCUCUCCUUCCCCUCUUCUCUCCUACUCCCUCCCCUCCCCCCUCCUUCCCCUCUUCUCUCUCUACUUUUCCCCUCCCCCUCCCCUCUCCUCUCCUUCCCCUCUUCUCUCUCUACUGCCCUCCCCUCCCACUCCCCUCCCCUCCCCCUCCCCUCCCCCCUCCUCCCCUCUUCUCCCUCUACUGCCCUCCCCAUUUUACAUUUACAUUUUAGUCAUUUAGCAGACACUCUUAUCCAGAGCGACUUACAGUUAGUGAGUGCAUACAUUUUAUGUAUAUAUAUUUAAAAAAAUACUGCCCCCCCCCCCGUGGGAAUCGAACCCACAACCCUGGCGUUGCAAGCGCCAUGCUCUACCAACUGAGCUUAACUCUACUGCCUCCCUCCCCUCCCCCUCCCCUCCCCCCCCUCCCCCUCCCCCUCCCCUCCCCCCCCCCUCCCCUCCCCCUCCCCUCCCCCUCUCCUUCCCCUCUUCUCCCUCUACUGCCCUCCCCUCCCCCUUUCCUUCCCCUCUUCUCCCUCUACUCUGCCCUCCCCCUCCCCCCCCUCCCCUCCCCCCCCCCUCCCCUCCCCCUCCCCCUCUCCUUCCCCUCCCUUCUCCCUCUACUUGCCCUCCCCUCCCCUCUCCUCCCUCUCCUCUCUACUGCCCUCCCCCUCCCCUCCCCCCUCCCCCCUUUUUCUCUCCUACUGCCCUCCCCUCCCCCUCCCCCUCCCCUCCCCCUCCCCUCCCCCCCCUCCCCCUUUUCUUCCUCCCUCUCCCCUCCCUCCCCCCCCUCCCCUCCCCUCCCCCCUCCUCUCCCCUCUUCUUCUUCUCCCUCUACUGCCCUCCCCUCCCCCUCCCCUCCCCCUCUCCUUCCCCUCUUCUCCCUCCCUCCCCCUCUUCCCCUCUCCCCUCCCCCUCCCUUCCCCUUCUUCCCCCUCUACUCUCUCCCUCCCCUCCCUCCUGCCCCUCCCCCCCUCCCCCUCCCCCUCCCCUCCCCCUCCCCCUCCCCUCCCCUCCCCUCCCCUCUACUCCCUCUCCCCCCUCCCCCUCCCCCUCCCCCUCUCCUUCCCCUCUUCUCCCUCUCUACCCCCCCCUCCCCCUCUUCUCCCUCUACUAACCCUCCCCUUCUUCCUUCCCACCCUCCUCUCCCCUGCUCUCACAGUGGUCUCAUUCAUCCUACCAUGGCUGUACUUUGCUACUCUGCCUUUUUCUCUGCUAAUUAGUGUCAGAGCUCUCUCUCUCUCUCCGUCUCUUUCUUUUCUCUCUCUGUCUUUGUUCCCCCCUCUCUCUCUCUGUCUUUUCCUCGCUGGUUAUCUCUGUCGCUCUCUACCCCUCUUUCUCUAUGUCUCUCUCUCCUCUCUCUCUCCUCUCUCUCUCUCUCUCUUCUCUCGUCUCUCUCUCUCUUCCUCUCUCUCUCUCUCUCUCAGUAUGUUCUUUCUUUCUCACGGCAGUAGAGAAUAGUAGGGAUUGUUCUUGAAAAGCGGUCAGUCAGUUAGUCAAAAUGUCCUCUCUCUCUCUCUCUCUCUCCUCUCUCUCUCUCUCUCUCUCUCUCUCUCAGUCAGUAUAAUAGAGAUAUAAUGCCCUGUGGAAAGACGGAUAUUGAGGGCGCUGUAGGCAGGCAUUUUGUUGUUGUUGUUCUUUGUUUAGCCCAUGAUCUCCUUGUAAUACUGUAACGAUCAAGUCUGAGCCCAUGAUCUCCUUGUAAUACUGUAACAGUCAAGUCUGAGCCCAUGAUCUCCUUGUAAUACUAUAACAGUCAAGUCUGAGCCCAUGAUCUCCUUGUAAUACUGUAACAGUCAAGUCUGAGCCCAUGAUCUCCUUGUAAUACUGUAACAGUCAAGUCUGAGCCCAUGAUCUCCUUGUAAUACUAUAACACUCAAGUCUGAGCCCAUGAUCUCCUUGUAAUACUGUAACAGUCAAGUCUGAGCCCAUGAUCUCCUUGUAAUACUGUAACAGUCAAGUCUGAGCCCAUGAUCUCCUUGUAAUACUAUAACAGUCAAGUCUGAGCCCAUGAUCUCCUUGUAAUACUAUAACAGUCAAGUCUGAGCCCAUGAUCUCCUUGUAAUACUGUAACAAUCAAGUCUGAGCCCAUGAUCUCCUUGUAAUAAUAUAACAGUCAAGUCUGAGCCCAUGAUCUCCUUGUAAUACUGUAACAGUCAAGUCUGAGCCCAUGAUCUCCUUGUAAUACUAUAACAGUCAAGUCUGAGCCCAUGAUCUCCUCGUAAUACUGUAACAGUCAAGUCUGAGCCCAUGAUCUCCUUGUAAUACUAUAACAGUCAAGUCUGAGCCCAUGAUCUCCUUGUAAUACUAUAACAGUCAAGUCUGAGCCCAUGAUCUCCUUGUAAUACUAUAACAGUCAAGUCUGAGCCCAUGAUCUCAUUUUAAUACUAGAACAGUCAAGUCUGAGCCCAUGAUCUCAUUUUAAUACUAGAACAGUCAAGUCUGAGCCCAUGAUCUCCUUGUAAUAAUGUAACAGUCAAGUCUGAGCCCAUGAUCUCCUUGUAAUACUAUAACAGUCAAGUCUGAGCCCAUGAUCUCCUUGUAAUACUGUAACAGUCAAGUCUGAGCCCAUGAUCUCCUUGUAAUACUAUAACAGUCAAGUCUGAGCCCAUGAUCUCCUUGUAAUACUAUAACAGUCAAGUCUGAGCCCAUGAUCUCCUUGUAAAACUAUAACAGUCAAGUCUGAGCCCAUGAUCUCCUUGUAAUACUAUAACAGUCAAGUCUGAGCCCAUGAUCUCCUUGUAAUACUGUAACAGUCAAGUCUGAGCCCAUGAUCUCCUUGUAAUACUAUAAUAGUCAAGUCUGAGCCCAUGAUCUCCUUGUAAUACUAUAACAGUCAAGUCUGAGCCCAUGAUCUCCUUGUAAUACUGUAACAGUCAAGUCUGAGCCCAUGAUCUCCUUGUAAUACUAUAACAGUCAAGUCUGAGCCCAUGAUCUCCUUGUAAUACUAUAACAGUCAAGUCUGAGCCCAUGAUCUCCUUGUAAAACUAUAACAGUCAAGUCUGAGCCCAUGAUCUCCUUGUAAUACUGUAACAGUCAAGUCUGAGCCCAUGAUCUCCUUGUAAUACUAUAACAGUCAAGUCUGAGCCCAUGAUCUCCUUGUAAUACUAUAACAGUCAAGUCUGAGCCCAUGAUCUCCUCGUAAUACUGUAACAGUCAAGUCUGAGCCCAUGAUCUCCUUGUAAUACUAUAACAGUCAAGUCUGAGCCCAUGAUCUCCUUGUAAUACUAUAACAGUCAAGUCUGAGCCCAUGAUCUCCUUGUAAUACUAUAACAGUCAAGUCUGAGCCCAUGAUCUCCUUGUAAUACUAUAACAGUCAAGUCUGAGCCCAUGAUCUCCUUGUAAUACUGUAACAGUCAAGUCUGAGCCCAUGAUCUCCUUGUAAUACUAUAACAGUCAAGUCUGAGCCAUGAUCUCCUUGUAAUACUAUAACAGUCAAGUCUGAGCCCAUGAUCUCCUUGUAAAACUAUAACAGUCAAGUCUGAGCCCAUGAUCUCCUUGUAAUACUGUAACAGUCAAGUCUGAGCCCAUGAUCUCCUUGUAAUACUAUAACAGUCAAGUCUGAGCCCAUGAUCUCCUUGUAAUACUAUAACAGUCAAGUCUGAGCCCAUGAUCUCCUCGUAAUACUGUAACAGUCAAGUCUGAGCCCAUGAUCUCCUUGUAAUACUAUAACAGUCAAGUCUGAGCCCAUGAUCUCCUUGUAAUACUAUAACAGUCAAGUCUGAGCCCAUGAUCUCCUUGUAAUACUAUAACAGUCAAGUCUGAGCCCAUGAUCUCCUUGUAAUACUAUAACAGUCAAGUCUGAGCCCAUGAUCUCCUUGUAAUACUGUAACAGUCAAGUCUGAGCCCAUGAUCUCCUUGUAAUACUAUAACAGUCAAGUCUGAGCCCAUGAUCUCCUUGUAAUACUAUAACAGUCAAGUCUGAGCCCAUGAUCUCCUUGUAAUACUAUAACAGUCAAGUCUGAGCCCAUGAUCUCCUUGUAAUACUAUAACAGUCAAGUCUGAGCCCAUGAUCUCCUUGUAAUACUGCAACAGUCAAGUCUGAGCCCAUGAUCUCCUUGUAAUACUAUAACAGUCAAGUCUGAGCCCAUGAUCUCCUUGUAAUACUAUAACAGUCAAGUCUGAGCCCAUGAUCUCCUUGUAAUACUAUAACAGUCAAGUCUGAGCCCAUGAUCUCCUUGUAAUACUGUAACAGUCAAGUCUGAGCCCAUGAUCUCCUUGUAAUACUAUAACAGUCAAGUCUGAGCCCAUGAUCUCCUUGUAAUACUAUAACAGUCAAGUCUGAGCCCAUGAUCUCCUUGUAAUACUAUAACAGUCAAGUCUGAGCCCAUGAUCUCCUUGUAAUACUAUAACAGUCAAGUCUGAGCCCAUGAUCUCCUUGUAAUACUGUAACAGUCAAGUCUGAGCCCAUGUUCUCCUUGUAAUACUAUAACAGUCAAGUCUGAGCCCAUGAUCUCCUUGUAAAACUAUAACAGUCAAGUCUGACUGUGUCUGGUGUCUUUUCCACAGCAGAACCUACCACUUACUUUUUUGUAGCCCAGGACAUGGUUUAGGUCUGAGUGAACAGGAGAAGGUUUAGGUCUGAGUGAGGAGAAGGUUUAGGUCUGAGUGAACUGGAGAAGGUUUAGGUCUGAGUGAACAGGAGAAGGUUUAGGUCUGAGUGAACUGGAGAAGAUUUAGGUCUGAGUGAACAGGAGAAGGUUUAGGUCUGAGUGAACAGGAGAAGGUUUAGGUCUGAGUGAACAGGAGAAGGUUUAGGUCUGAGUGAACAGGAGAAGGUUUAGGUCUGAGUGAACAGGAGAAGGUUUAGGUCUGAGUGAACAGGAGAAGGUUUAGGUCUGAGUGAACAGGAGAAGGUUUAGGUCUGAGUGAACAGAAGGUUUAGGUCUGAAUAAACAGAAGGUUUAGGUCUGAGUGAAUAAACAGAAGGUUUAGGUCUGAGUGAAAAUCCAUUGUUAGGGAACACUCUUGUAUAUUAGGAUUGUUACCUCUUGUAAUUUAUAUCUGUAAACUAGGGGCUCUAUUCAAUCUGGAUCGCUGAAGCAUUACAGACUUUGUUAUGUAAAGGUAAUUUCCGAUUGAGCACAGUCUCCACUAUUGGGGGAACAUUGUCUUUAAAUUUCAAUCACACUGUAACGCUGAAUACGGAUUGAUACGGAUUGAAUAGAGAAAUAGUUUUCAUUCAUGUCUCCAGAUUACAUUAUGGAACAAUAAAGUUUGACUGUAUCCUGUCUCUUGUGUCCACAGUGGGACCUACCACUCCAGGGAUGAGAGCACAGACAGCGGUCUGAGCAUGAGCAGCUACAGCGUCCCGCGUACCCCCGACGACUUCCUCAACAGUGUGGACGAGAUGGACACUGGUGAGACUAAAUAGCGUCCUAUUCUAUGUAGUGCACUACUUUUGACCAGGGCCCCCAUAGGGAAAAAGUCUGAUGACUCAAUCUCCUCUUUAACGCUUCUCACAAAGUGUUGACAACAGUUACAUUUUGUCAAGCAUUAAAAAUACCUAUUUAGUCAAGGUCAAUAUGGGACGUUAUUGGGACAUAAAUCCAAUCCAUUAUUAUAAGAUUAUUAUUAUUAUUAUUAUUAUUAUUAUUACUAUUAUUAUUAUUAUUAUUAUCGUAAUGUAUAUUACAUGAUAUCAUAAUUCAUUCUAACCACGUCGUAACGUAUUUAUGUCGUCGUUUGGCAUCAUCAGGGGACGCCCUGCCGGCCUCCAUUGGGACGCAGCCCAGCCGUUUCCCUGACUACCUGGACACCAUCCCGGGGACGGACGUGGACCUCGGCACGCUGGAGAGCGAGAGCAUGGCCAUGGAGGGGGAGGAGCUCAUGCCUAGUCUCCAGGAAGCCCUUAGCUCCGACAUCCUGAACGAUAUGGAGUCAGUCCUGGCCGCCACAAAGAUCGACAAGGAGAGCUUCCUCACAUGGUUAUAACGUGGUUAUAACGUGGUUAUAACACGUUUAUAGAACAAGCUGGACCCUUAUAUGGUAUACAGCGGGGGGUUUCCAAACUUUUUUUUUUCUCUCUGUGACCUACUAACUGAGGUGGGUGUUGAGUCGUGACCCACCAAUAGGACUUGAGCAGUGGAACUACAUAUUCUGACCUACAGAACCACUGGUAUAUUAGGAGAGGGAUGACAGGAGCCUGGAAUGGGAUGAUGGGUUCUAGAGAGAGAGAGAGAGAGAGACGCUACAUCCUCUCCGCACUAAGUCUACACUCUGAACUGCUGCCUAGUCAAACUAGAUGAUUUGAUACAACAAAGACAUUUCAACCAACCUUCUUCCUCCCUGGACAUGUAUGAUAUCUGUCGUCGGUCAGCAUACACAAUGAUAGCUGGCUGAACUCUCUUUUCGACAGUGCUACUCUGUUAUUUAUGCUUGUUUCUAUAUCUUACUUUUUUGUUGUCUGUGUCUUCAAGGCUGGCCCAUGAACAGACAAUUUAUUCAAGGGUCCCCAAAUCUUUUCACACGGCUAGCCUUGUGCUUCAUCUAGGACUAUACCUGGAGCAGGAGAGCUGCUCAUUUUUCGACCCCACCAUCACUUCAAGGGAGUCUUUACCUGCUGGCCGGCCGGCUGGCACUAGGCAAGGCAAAGGGCUUGGUGCUCUCCUUCUCCCCUAACCCCCACUAGGCAAGGCAAAGGGCUUGGUGCUCUCCUUCUCCCCUAACCCCCACUAGGCAAGGCAAAGGGCUUGGUGCUCUCCUUCUCCCCUAACCCCCACUAGGCAAGGCAAAGGGCUUGAUGCUCUCCUUCUCCCCUAACCCCCACGACCCCCAGACUGUAUCUGAGCUGGGCAGCUUCCUCCAUGUGCUCCUCUCCCCUUGCCCCCAGGCUGACUGCUGAGAGAGAUCUGGCUGAUGGACGAGACUAGUACUCUGCAUACAUACAGACAGACGGACAUACAGAGACAGACAGACAUACAGACAGACGGACAUACAGAGACAGACGGACAUACAGACAGACGGACAUACAGAGACAGAAAGACAAAGACUGACGGACGGACGGACGAACGGGAAGACAGGACUUCCACAACAAGCAGUGACCACCCGGAGCUUCUUGUUCUGGUGCCUUUACUCUACAACAAAUGUGCAAAAUGUCAAAAUCAAGCAUUUUGGCCUGCAACUAUCACAACAACAACAAGGAGGGACUGUCUAGUCCACAACACAGUGAGAAGCGGCAGCAGCUCAACCUUUCGUAGCUGUCUGGGACGACUCCUGCUUCCUGCCGUCUCAUUCAAAGUGUCUUGGGAAAAUGUAUGAACAUCAUAUACUCCUGCUUCCUGCUUCCUGGCUUUUUUUCUUUUUAUUAAUGUCUUUUACAUUUUUAUAGUUUUUAUUUGUUGUUAUUAACGAUGAGUCUGGGAAAACCAAAAAUGAUGUAUCUGAAGUUAGGGAAAGAACUACUGAUUUGGAAGGUUAAGUUAGGUUAGGUUAAGUUAGGUUAAGUUAGAUUAGGUUAAGUGAGGUUAGGUUAAGUUAGGUUAGGUUCAGUUAGGUUAGGUUAAGUUAGGGCUAAAUCCCAAAUGGCACUUAUUCCCUACACAGUGCACUACUUUUGACCAGAGCUCUGUGGCCACUGGUCAAAAUUAGUGUACUAUAUAGGGAAUAGGGUGCCAUUUGGGACAAAGUCUAGGUUACACAUGUUAGGACAUGUUAGGACCGUGUGGUGGUGAUGGGGGGUGGGCUGGAGCAGGACAUGUUAGGACCGUGUGGUGGUGAUGGGGGAUGGGCUGGAGCAGGACAUGUUAGGACCGUGUGGUGGUGAUGGGGGAUGGGCUGGAGCAGGACAUGUUAGGACCGUGUGGUGGUGAUGGGGGGGUGGGCUGGAGCAGGACAUGUUAGGACCGUGUGGUGGUGAUGGGGGGUGGGCUGGAGCAGGACAUGUUAGGACCGUGUGGUGGUGAUGGGGGGUGGGCUGGAGCAGGACAUGUUAGGACCGUGUGGUGGUGAUGGGGGGUGGGCUGGAGCAGGACAUGUUAGGACCGUGUGGUGGUGAUGGGGGAUGGGCUGGAGCAGGACAUGUUAGGACCGUGUGGUGGUGAUGGGGGGGCUGGAGCAGGACAUGUUAGGACCGUGUGGUGGUGAUGGGGGAUGGGCUGGAGCAGGACAUGUUAGGACCGUGUGGUGGUGAUGGGGGGUGGGCUGGAGCAGGACAUGUUAGGACCGUGUGGUGGUGAUGGGGGGUGGGCUGGAGCAGGACAUGUUAGGACCGUGUGGUGGUGAUGGGGGGUGGGCUGGAGCAGGACAUGUUAGGACCGUGUGGUGGUGAUGGGGGGUGGGCUGGAGCAGGACAUGUUAGGACCGUGUGGUGGUGAUGGGGGGUGGGCUGGAGCAGGACAUGUUAGGACCGUGUGGUGGUGAUGGGGUGGGCUGGAGCAGGACAUGUUAGGACCGUGUGGUGGUGAUGGGGGGUGGGCUGGAGCAGGACAUGUUAGGACCGUGUGGUGGUGAUGGGGGUGGGCUGGAGCAGGACAUGUUAGGACCGUGUGGUGGUGAUGGGGGGUGGGCUGGAGCCUGGGCCGGGGACCUCGUAUACUAAAAUCAUACUGCUGCUUGGCUGUGCCAGCGUGUCUAUAACUUAAACCUGUCAUUGUCAAAUCAAGUGGCUUCAGUUGUAUUUCUUUGGGAGAAGAAGAGGAACAAAAGCAAAAAAGCAACACCAAGUUUUCUGUAUUGUAGUGUAUUGUAGUGUAUUGUAGUGUAUUGUAGUGUAUUGUAGUGUAUUGUAGUGUAUUGUAGUGUAUUGUGUAUCGUGACGUCGAGCAAUAAUGAUGUAUCUAAGAAAUUGUAUUAUUGACGAACAAACCACACUCUCCUCUACUUACCCUAAUGUUCAAUAAUCAAAAGUAUAUUUCUGUUGUUAAAGGUUUUAUAAAAACGUGUUAUUAUGAUGGGGCUUUUUUUUUAUGAAUCCUAUCUUCUUUAUAUUUCAGUCUUAUUCAAGCCUGAUUCACUGUUGCUUUGUUGUAUCUUUUAGUAAUCUUCUAUGUUUGUUAGGUUAUUACAUGAUAUUAGAUCAAAUUGCUUUUUUUGGUUUACUUUAGCUUGUUGUUUUAUAGGUGGAUUGAUAUGUUUUAA